AUGACUAUUCGUAACGUUAUAGUGACUGGUGCCACUGGAAGACAGGGACAGGGAUUUAUACAAGCGCUAUUGAAUCCUUCGAAUGCCAACGGCCCAACUGCCCCAACCUACUCUAUUUGGGCCGUAACUCGGGACACCGCGUCGCCAGCAGCAACUCGGCUUUUAGAGAUUGAAAAGAGCCAUGGAAAUGAUAUUAGAAUAGUCCAAGGCGAUCUCAGCGAUUCGGAGAGACUAAAGCAAAUUUUCUCCCAGGUAGUCGCUGAGGGUGGAAUAUUCGGUAUUUUUAUUGUGCUUCCUUAUCCAGGCCUUGGAAACAAUGGCGGUGACGAAGAGAGACAAGGCAAAGCAAUUCAACGCACAUCCUUUGCGCUUGUGGAUCUCGCAAUUGACUUCAAAGUUGAAGCGCUGGUUUAUUCUAGCACGAUCCCACCGGGUCCGGAUUUAGCAAAUGGAGUUGACGCCUCUCGUCUGGCAAAGCGAGAGAUCGAGCUGUAUUGCAAAAGCAUGGGCGAAAAGGGUCUAAAUUGGAGCAUUGUGCAACCUGGAAUUUUCAUGGAAAAUUUUGAUGGAUUAAUGGGAGCGCUGGCCGUAUCCGUCUUUUCGCAGGGUUUGCAAAAGGGAACGGAGAUGCUACUCGUCGCAUCAGAAGAUAUUGGGAAAGUUGCUGCGGGGGUAAUCCAGAACCAUGAGAGAUACACUCACAAGACUGUAACUGUCGCAGGUGGAAGUUAUAACAUGGAUGAGGUGAAAAAGGCAUAUAAAGAAGUCAUGGGAAAGAACAUGCCUGCUUUUCCAGCCAUAUUGGCAUGGCUAGCUCUCAAGUUAAGUGUCGGUGUACAGCAUGUAGUCCAAGAUACUGAGAGAAUUUAUCAGGCAAGGGUUAGUGGAGGAUAUCCGACACUGGAAGAAGAGAUUGAAGCGGCUAAAGCGGUAUGCGAGAUGCAAGAUUUCCGCACGUGGCUCCUCAAGCGGAAAGAAAAACAACCUUGA